AAAGCGUGGGCAGAUUAGUUGGCCACCCCUGGAAACUCUUCGUGUCCAUCUUCGGUAACGGCUGCACGAGAGCACGCAAGUUAUAUCAGCUCGUGUCUGCACUUCCAGAGCUCAGCCGCUUUUCAGCCGCGUAUUCAUUCACAACUUACCCUUCACGAAGUAUUAAUAAAGCACCAAAAUGUGUGACGACGACGUAGCAGCUCUUGUUGUAGACAAUGGAUCUGGUAUGUGCAAAGCUGGCUUUGCUGGAGAUGAUGCACCCCGUGCCGUCUUCCCCAGCAUUGUUGGACGUCCCCGCCAUCAAGGUGUGAUGGUCGGUAUGGGACAAAAAGACUCAUACGUUGGAGAUGAAGCUCAAAGCAAGAGAGGUAUUCUCACCUUGAAAUACCCCAUCGAGCACGGUAUCAUCACCAACUGGGAUGACAUGGAAAAAAUCUGGCACCACACCUUCUACAAUGAACUCCGAGUUGCUCCAGAAGAGCACCCAGUCCUUCUCACUGAAGCUCCACUCAACCCAAAAGCUAACCGAGAGAAGAUGACCCAAAUCAUGUUCGAAACCUUCAACAGCCCAGCCAUGUACGUCGCCAUCCAAGCUGUACUCUCAUUGUACGCUUCUGGACGUACCACCGGUAUUGUCUUGGACUCUGGAGAUGGUGUCUCACACACUGUACCCAUCUAUGAAGGUUAUGCCUUACCUCAUGCCAUCCUCCGUUUGGACUUGGCCGGUCGUGACUUGACCGACUACCUCAUGAAAAUCCUUACCGAGAGAGGAUACUCAUUCACAACCACCGCUGAGCGAGAAAUUGUCCGUGACAUCAAGGAAAAACUCUGUUAUGUCGCUUUGGACUUCGAACAAGAAAUGGCCACCGCCGCUGCCUCAACCUCCCUCGAGAAGAGCUAUGAACUUCCCGACGGACAAGUCAUCACCAUCGGUAACGAGAGGUUCCGUUGUCCAGAAGCCCUCUUCCAACCUUCCUUCUUGGGUAUGGAAUCCUGUGGUAUCCACGAAACUGUCUACAACUCCAUCAUGAAGUGUGACGUCGAUAUCCGUAAGGACUUGUACGCCAACAACGUACUUUCUGGUGGUACUACCAUGUACCCUGGUAUUGCUGACCGUAUGCAGAAAGAAAUUACUGCCCUCGCUCCAUCAACCAUCAAAAUCAAGAUCAUCGCUCCACCUGAAAGGAAAUACUCCGUAUGGAUCGGAGGAUCCAUCCUUGCCUCUCUCUCCACCUUCCAACAGAUGUGGAUCUCCAAACAGGAAUACGAUGAAUCCGGCCCUGGCAUCGUCCACCGUAAAUGCUUCUAAAUGUAACAUUCUAUCCUCAUUAUCGGGCCUGACAAUAAUACAAACAUUUCCUGCAAUUCUGUCAA